CCUUCAGAGUACAGUGAGCAGUCACGUACUGCACGAAGUGCUGUUAGAGCAGUGUAGACGCACACAGUGUAAUUACCCGAAAAAAGAGUAUACGUUGGCCUUUUGAAAAGCUCCAACUUUUCCUACUUGGAUAAGGAACAGAUCAAGAUACCAUUUGUAAAACGAGAGCACCACAUACAAGUUCAAGUGGAUUCAUUUGGGACGAUUUUUGUUCAGACCUCCAUAACGACAUUGCUAAACAGCUCGCUAACAAACGCCGUUUGAUACGAACUUUCUAAUUAUUUUUCAUCUAUAAGCUCAACUCUAGCUAACUACUCCGAUAAAACAUCGACGAAGCGGAAAAUGAAUCACGGCUACACCAAAGCUGAAAUGGGCCCAGAAGUAACAGCGGCAGCGGGCUUUGUGUCCAGUUUGUUAAGAACAAGGGGGUUCCUCAGUGAACAACAACUGCAGAUUUUCAGCGACUGCCUACAGCAAGCACUUUCAGAACACUACAAACACCACUGGUUCCCAGAAAAGCCACAGAAAGGCUCUGGCUACAGGUGCAUUCGCAUCAACCAUGAAAUGGACCCCAUCAUAAGCAAAGUCGCCAGCCGAAUUGGUAUGAACAGCCAUCAACUGUACCAGCUCUUACCGAGGGAGCUGACCCUGUGGGUGGAUCCAUACGAGGUGUCUUAUCGCAUCGGCGAAGAUGGCUCCAUAUGCGUCCUGUACGAGGCGGAAGUCCCCGCGUCCAAUAGUGGUCCCUCCGUGUGUAACAACUCCACACUGCACUGCAAGAACCACUUUCUCAUGGGCCGCACAAGCCCUCCGAAAAACUACCUGAUGACCGUUUCGAGCUAAGCGCGUCUCGGGGACACCAGACAGGCAAUGCGAGCUUCGGCGAGGGGGGAAACUUGGGCCAGUGAUCACCUCCAUUUUUUUCUUUUUUUUCUUUUUCCCGUUUUUUUAAACUGGGUAGCUAUUUGUUUUCCCCACACUAUGUAUUGUUUACUUAAUAUAGCAGCUCUCGCUGUUUUCCCCUUAAACAUGUUCAUGAUAAGGAAAAUCCCAGAAGCCUAUUGUUAUGCAGGUAUUUUAGUGCCUUUGGGUUUGUCUUUGCACUGACGGUGUGUUCACUGUGUGUCUGCCCCUACUGGCACACGGUUAAACUUAGUCUGUAACGCACUGUGGAAUUUCUCAGUUGACUUCAUUUGGAGGGGUUUGUAUUUCAGAUAAGGUGCAAUAAUAGCGUUUCAGAAAUGCAACAUGGGUUCAAUGUCGGUACAUUGUCAAUGUCUCCCUCUUGACUGGAAACAAUGUGGCCUUUUUGACACUGACAAUUGAAUGAGUUGUAACAAAAAAACAACAAUGCACUACUUAAUUUGGGACCUGGUGUUUUCUGCCUUAAAUGAAACCAAAAAGCUGUGCCACUGCUUUUUAAACAUGUUUUGCAUACGUUAAUCUUUUAAAUUCCAUAUUUAAAUACAACGGCACUGUGACGUCUGCCUUAAGCAAAGUCAGGGUAAUGUACAUCACUGCCAAAUUGAGUGUAGUUAUUUUUCUCAGAAAUAAAAGUGCAAUUCAACCAAUCAGUCUGCAUGCAUUGUUUGAGGUGACACAGGAUAUUAAGUCAGGAUUUAUUGUAAACUUGUUUACUGCCUUUUGGAAGAUACCUUUUGAUUCUUAAUGUGAACCCUAUCAGAAAUUCAUUUCCCCAAAGGGGAAAGUGGCCUUAAUUUGGGCCCUGCCAGUGGGUGGGGGUGGGGGUGGGGGUGGAGGUUUGUUCCUGCUCUAGGAAGUGAUGUAAUUUGGGCUGUUGAGUUCCCUUUUCAAAGAGUCCAUUGCCUGUUGGAGCAAACUGUGAGGUUGUUCUGAAUUCCUUGCCACCAAACUGACAAGCGUUUAUCGCAGUGCUGGAGUUGGCUGUCUCUCAGCAUGUAGCAUUCUCAAUGAGCUGUUGAGCGGCUGAAAUUGUUUACCAUUUGUUAUUUUGUGACUUGUAGAAUUUGUAAGCUAAUUUGAGAGCACAGUAUGCAUUUAAUGUACCUUUUGUAUUGAUUUGUGUACAUAUAGAUACUUGUACGGUUUUGUACUUGACAAUGUGAUUUUUAAUAAACUUUCAUGACUUUCAAAUCA